CCAUCACGUCGGCCUCUUCCACGGCCGCCGCCGUCGUCGCCGCCGCCGCCACCUCGCCGCCGACCACCAUACCAUCAGAUAUUUCAGAGCUCGCGCCCCUCACGCAUGGUUCUUGGCUUCUUGCUUCUUGCUCGACGUGCGCCGUAACUAAUCGACUAUAAGCGUGGUGACACGUCUGACGAGAUGAUGCCGGUGGCGGCGGUGGAUGACUGGUCGGAGCGCGGUUUCUCGCUGACCUGCGAGGAAGACUGCGCCGACCUCGGCAACGGCGUCGUAGACGACGACGAGUUCCUCCCGCUCUACAAUGCCGGCGAAGAGGAGGAAGAGGAGUAUUUGGAGCAGCUGGUGUUUAAGGAGACCAGCCUCUGCUCCUCCUCCGACUCAGCCGCGGACUGCGACGGCGACGGCGAAGGAGACGAAGAAUACCCCUCGCUCGCCUCUGAGGAGUGGUUUCGGCAAGCUCGCCUCGCCGCCGUCAAGUGGAUUCUUGAAACCCGCGGGUGCUUCGGCUUCGGCCACCGGACGGCGUACCUCGCCAUCGCCUACUUCGAUAGCUUCCUCCUCCGGCGACGCGUCGAUAGGGAGGCGAUGCCGUGGGCGGCGCAGCUGCUGUCCGUGGCGUGCGUGUCCGUGGCCGCCAAGAUGGAGGAGUGCCAGGUGCCGGCGCUGUCGGAGUUCCACGCCGGCGGCUACGAUUUCGACUCGGCGUCCAUCCGGCGGAUGGAGCUGCUGGUGCUGUCCACGCUCGGAUGGCGCAUGGGCGCCGUCACGCCCUUGGACUUCCUCCCCUGCUUCUCCUCCCGGGUCCACCCGCACGGCGGCGCCGGCGCCGGCGGCCACGUCGCCCACAAGGCCAUCGGUUUCAUCUUUGCCACGGCUGAAGCUGGUAGCGUGCUUGAUCACAGGCCGUCCACUGUGGCUGCAGCUGCAAUCUUGGCUGCAACCUAUGGACCUCUACUGACCAAAGAAGCACUCGAUUCCAAGAUGAGCUACCUUUCUCCAUCUUGUCUUAUUGAGAAGGAACAUGUACAUGCCUGCUACAGUAUGAUGGUUGGGGACAAUAACAGGAGAGGUAGCAAGAGAUCAUUGCCAUGUUCAGUCUCCAACGAGAUUGCCACUAGUACAUAUCAUUCUGUUCUUGUUGAUGAUGUUACGGACACCGCCGCCGCCUUUGCCACGGCGGUAUCGGCCAGGAAUAAGCGGAUCAGGCUGGAGCUGACGGGCAUCAGUUGAGAAAGCUAGCACCACCGGGGACACAGUUUUUAGCCAGAUGUCUAGGGGGGCUUGGUUUGAUCUUCCCUUUCAUUUUCUUCCCUUCUUUUUGAACUUAUAUGUUUGCGAAAAAGAAGAUAUUUUUUUAGGUUCUUUGAGCCAUUGCCAUGGGUUGGCAUUGGCUGUUGUCAGAUUUGAUUGGUUUGGUUUGUGAGAGGUGGAAGAGAUGAACAAAGCAGAGGGCUGAGCUUUCCUAUGGAGAGGAGAGCUUAGGUUAAUAAGCCCAAUGCCAGCGCCCAAACAGGGCACACUUCACAUUCAGUGAACUUUACUUCAAAGGUUGAUGCAAUGUUGCAUUGCAUGUGGUGAGAGAUGCUGCUGCAGAGAAGAUGCAAAACAAGUGGUAACAACACUGAGAGGUUGAGGGUUUUGCCAUUGUUUAUAGAACGAGUGAGCGAGAGAGGGAGAUGUUUCCCUUUUUCACCUGUGCAAGUGGAUGUGAGAGUGGUGUUUCACUCUGCACUUGCGAGGGUUACAUCGAUUUGUAACAAACCCUGUGUACUUGUGUAACCCCCUCUUGUUCCUGAGGAAUGGAAUCAGAUUGCGUUUUGCGUC